AUGGAGCCCGCCAAAGCGCCGUGGGCCUCCGCGGACGCGCCUCCCCCGCCGGGCCCCCCCUUAGUCCGCACGCCGAUGCCGCCCCCCGGCCGAUCCCGCCAGCAGAGCCGGCAGGACGACGCGUCCGCGAUCAAGGCCGACCCCCACAUGCCGGCCGCCUGCCCCGCCUGCCCGGACGCCCCGCCGAGUUUCUCCGCGCCCAGGAAGCGCAUCCAGACCUCUGCGGACCUGGCGCGGUUCCUGCAAUCCGAGGCCGUGGGGGACUUCCUGGGAUUCAUCCUGUUCCUGAACGAGGCGGUGAAAGGCAAGCGGGCGUCCGACCCGUGCGAGGUCUCCCCGCUGCUGGAUCGCCUGCUGGCCGUCCUGGACACGCUGCGGCAAUGGGUCGAUGAGAUCCCGCCGGUGGUGCACAAGUUGAGAUACGGCAACCCGGCAUUCCGAACGUGGCUGGGCAAGGUGGAGGCCAACGCCAGGGGCCUGGUGGCCAGCGUGCUGCCCGCGGAGCUCGCCGGCGCCGCGGAGGAGCUGGGACCCUAUUUGGCCGCGAGCUUCGGCGAUUCGACGCGGAUCGACUACGGGACGGGCCACGAGACCACGUUCUGCGCGUUCCUGUUCUGCCUGGCCAAGUUGGGGCUGGUGGGGCCGGGGGACUGCCAGGGGCUGGUGCUGCGCGUGUUCAAGUCCUACCUGGACCUGAUGCGCAAGGUGCAGACGACGUACUGGCUGGAGCCGGCGGGGUCGCACGGUGUCUGGGGGCUGGAUGACUACCAGUUCCUGCCGUUCGUGUGGGGAUCGGGGCAGCUGGUGGACCACCCCGUUGUGAAGCCCAAGUCCAUACACGACGCGGAUCUGGUGCGGGAGAUGGGGGAUGAGUACUUGUACAUGCGGUGCGUGGGGUUCGUGAGGGAGGUGAAGAAGGGGCCGCUGUCAGAGACGUCCCCCAUGCUGUGCGACAUCGCGGCGGUGCCGCACUGGGCCAAGGUCAACUCGGGGCUGGUGAAGAUGUACAAGGCGGAGGUGUUGGGCAAGUUCCCCAUAAUGCAGCACUUCCUGUUCGGUAGCCUGAUGAAAUUUCCAGAGAAGGGGUCCUGA